AUGGACGAUUUGCCGGACGCACUUCUUUGCCACAUACUUUCUUUUCUCCUAACCAAGAAAGCCGUUGCCACAAGCGUUCUCUCCAAGAGGUGGAUUCAUUCGUGGCGAUCACUCACCAUUCUCUACUUUGACGAUCAAGACUAUUUCAUCCUCAGAGGCGGCGAAGAUAAGGGCCAUGCUCACUUUGCUCAGUCCGUGAAUGCAGUCAUCCUCUCCCGAGAUGAUCACCAACCUAUCCACAAAUUUCGCCUCAAUUGUUUCAAUGCUAGUUCUAAAUAUCUUGAUAUUCUCAAUGUCAACGCAUGGCUUAAUGCGGCAGUGGAUCGCCAUGUUCAGACCUUAGAUAUCUCCCUCUGCUGUGAACGACGAACACCGUUAAUCUCGUAUGUCAUAUUCAAUUCUACCACUCUUGUGGUUCUCAAGCUGCAGCUGUUAAAUUUGGAACCUCCGGUUUCCUCUCUUGAUGUUGACCUUCCGUUGCUUAAAGUCCUGCAUCUGCAAAACGUGGUUUUCUCAAAACACGAUUGUCUCGCAAUGCUUCUUUCUGGAUGCCCUAUUCUUGAGGAUUUCAAAGCAAGGGAUUUAUGUUUUGGUACUCAUGUUACUGACAAGGAGUUUAAAACUUCACCUAAAUAA